AUGCCUGGUUUCAUUGCUGGUGAGAAAAAAUUUACAACCAAAAAAAUGAGUUUUUGUUCCGAUUUGGUGAACCAUGAUAAGUCAAUUGUUUCCAACGGAAAUCAUAGACUGAGGUCUGAGGCUCUCGAUGAUGAGAAUAGUCCUAUUCUUUCUGGGCUGUCUGAUGAUGUUUCAAAGUAUUGCCUCGCACUCGUGCCUCGUUCGAAUUUUCUAGCUAUGGGCGGUGUCUCUAAGAGAUGGAAGCGUUAUAUUCAAAGCAAAGAAUUUAUAACCGUGCGAAAAUUGUCCGGGCAGCUUGAGGAAUGGCUCUAUAUCUUGACAUCAGAUACUGAAGGAAAAGGAAGUCAUUGGGAGGUUAUGGAUUCUUUUGGUCAUAACCGCCGCUCUCUUCCGCCAAUGCCUGGUCCCCGGAAGGCGGAGUUCGGUGUCGUGGUUCUUAACGGAAAACUUCUUGUUAUGGCUGGCCAUUCAUCGAUUGAUGGACCUGAUUCUGUCUCCGCAGAGGUUUACCAAUAUAAUUCUAACCUCGACAGUUGGAGUAGAUUGUCAGACAUGAAUGUGGCUCGGUACGAUUUCGCCUCUGCAGAAGUCAAUGGCUUGGUUUAUGCAGUAGGAGGAUAUGGAGCAGAAGGCGACAGUCUAUCUAGUGCCGAGGUUUAUGAUCCGGAUACUAACAAGUGGACAUUGAUCGAGAGUCUUCGUCGUCCAAGAUGGGGUUGUUUUGCUUGCGGAUUCGAGGGGAAGCUCUAUGUGAUGGGCGGAAGGUCAACUUUUACAAUUGGAAACUCAAAGUCUGUAGAUGUUUACGAUCCCGAGAAACAAAUCUGGCGCGAGAUGAAAAAUGGGUGUGUUAUGGUCACUGCUCAUGCAGUACUUGAAAAGAAGUUAUUCUGUAUGGAGUGGAAGAAUCAACGAAAGUUAUCGAUAUUUGACCCUGAUGAUCAUUCAUGGAAAACCGUAUCGGUGCCUCUGGCGGGGAGUUCGAGUGUUGGUUUUAGAUUUGGGAUACUACAUGGUAAGCUUUUGUUGUUUUCACUGAAAGAAGAUCCUACUUAUAGGACUUUGUUGUAUGAUCCGAAUGCAUCACCGGGGUCGGAGUGGGGGACUACUGAUAUAAAACCAUCUGGUGUGUGCUUGUGCAGUGUAACAAUCAAUGCCUGA